AGCGGGGAAAGCAUUUUCUGUCAGAUACACCAGCACUGCCUGAGGUGAGAUGGAACUCUCUGUCAUCUAACAGAACAGUUUGCACCUCACAAGAAACUUUUUUUGCAAAGUGAAAAGAAACUGUGCAAGGAAUAAAGGAACAAAGCUGCACGUUUGUUUGUUUGUUUUUCACCCCUUCCUUUUGGUUGAAUUAACAUUGCAAUGCAGUGGCUUCUGGCUUUCUGCUUUUGUCUCCCGGUGGUUGGCUGCUGGCCUCCUUUUCAGCAGCUUUCCUUGUUUAAGUAUCCACACCUGAAUCUGUCUCGGACUUUCCAGCUGACCGAGACGAUGAAGCAGCAGGAGAACACAGAGAGCAAAGUGGAGCGGCUGGGGCAGUUUUUCAAACGCAAUGUCAGGAAGCUGAGGGAGAAGAGCCACAACCUAGACCUGGUGUUCCUGGUGGAUGAGUCCUCCAGUGUAGGCAGCGCCAACUUCAUCAGCGAGCUGAAGUUUGUCAAGAAGCUGCUGUCAGACUUCCCUGUGGUGCCCUCUGCUACCCGGGUGGCCAUCGUGACCUUUUCGUCCAAGAACAACGUGGUUCCCAGAGUGGACUAUAUCUCCUCACCUCAGUUGCACCAGCACAAAUGCUCACUUCUCAACCAGGAGAUCCCAGCCAUCAACUACAAGGGAGGAGGUACCUACACCAAAGGGGCUUUCCAGCAAGCUGCACAAAUACUACGGCACUCACGUAGAAACGCAACAAAGGUAAUAUUCCUAAUUACGGACGGGUAUUCCAAUGGUGGCGACCCUCGACCCAUCGCAGCGUCUCUUCGCGACGCAGGGGUGGAGAUCUUCACAUUUGGGAUAUGGCAAGGAAACAUCAGAGAGCUCCAUGACAUGGCCUCCCAUUCGAAGGAGGAGCACUGCUACCUUGUGCACAACUUCGCUGAGUUUGAGGCUUUAGCUCGUCGAGCACUUCAUGAAGAUCUACCAUCUGGAAAUUACAUUCAAGAGGAUGUUUCCCGCUGCUCGUAUCUGUGUGAAGCAGGGCAGGACUGCUGUGAUGUGAUGGCGAGCUGUAAAUGUGGGACCCACACAGGCCAGUAUGACUGUGUCUGUGAGAGAGGAUAUUAUGGGAAAGGUCUGCAACAUGAGUGCACAGCUUGCCCAUCAGGCACAUACAAGCCUGAAAGUACACCGGGGGGAAUGGGCUCCUGCAUUCCCUGCCCUGACAAGCAUCACACCUCUCCACCUGGAAGCACUACUGUCGAGGACUGUGUUUGUAAAGAUGGCUACAGUGCAGCAGGCCAGUCAUGUGAAGUGGUUCACUGCCCAGAGAUUCAGCCACCAGAAAAUGGCUUUUUUAUCCAGAACGUCUGCAAUAACCACUUCAAUGCAGCUUGCGGAAUCCGAUGUAAGCUGGGUUUUGAUUUAGUUGGAAGCAGCAUACGACUGUGCCAACCCAGUGGUGAGUGGUCAGGAUCUGAACCAACAUGCAGAGUUCGCAUGUGUCCAAGACUCUAUAGACCUGUACACGGCCACAUUAACUGCUCAGCUAGUGACACAUCAUACAGAACAGUGUGUCAGGUGACCUGUGAAGAGGGCUAUCGUCUAGAAGGAAGCUCGAGACUAACCUGUCAGGUGAACACUCAGUGGGAUGUUCCAGAGCCUCAGUGUGUUGAAAUCCACUGUCCCACACUACAGAGGCCUAAAAAUGUGGUAAUUCUGCCCCCUACCUGUGGAGAAGAGGAAGUGAAGGCAGGGGAUGUAUGUCGACUCAGCUGUGUCCAUGGAUACAGUCUUUCAGGGGUGACAGGAGAAGUUCAAUGUUUGACCUCUGGAAAAUGGAGCAAAAAUGCCCACAAAGCCAAAUGUAGAGAUACUGAGCCACCUCAAAUUAAUUGCCCUAAGGAUAUUGUGACUGAAACAAUGGAACAUCAAAGCUCAGCCAGUAUAAGCUGGAUCAUUCCCAAUGCCAGAGAUAACUCUGGAGAAGAGGUAUCCAUUCAAGUUACUCCAACAUUCAUCCCCCCUCACCCUUUCCCCAUUGGAGAAGUAAAGAUCACGUACACAGCUACUGACAGAUCAGGAAACAGGGACAGUUGCUCUUUCAUCGUGAAAGUGAUUGACACAGAGCCCCCUGUCAUUGAUAGGUGCAGAUCACCUCCCCCCUUCCAGACAGUGGAGAGUGAGCUCACUGCAGAGUGGGAGGUACCACAGUUCUCUGAUAAUUCAGGGGCUCCUCUGACCAUCACAGAAUCUCAUUCUCCUGGAGACUUGUUCCCCCGUGGAGAGACGGUUGUUCACUACACCGCUACUGAUCCAUCAGGCAACAACAGGACUUGUGAUAUACACGUCAUCAUUAGAGGAUCGGCUUGUGAGCAGCCCUUUAACCCAGUAAAUGGGGAGUUUUCCUGCACUGAAGAGGAAUCGGGUGUGAACUGCACUCUGUACUGCAUGGAUGGUUAUGGUUUCACAGAUGAGCCAACUCACAGCUAUCUCUGUGCCCAUGAUGGAGUGUGGAAACCUCCUUACUCUGCAGAGUGGCCAGACUGCUCUUUGAACCGCUUUGCAAACCAUGGCUUCAAACCCUUUGAGAUGCUGUUCAAGGCAUCCAGAUGUGAGGACCUCAAUCUGCUCGAAACCUUCACUGAAAAAUUUUACUCUGCGCUUGGAAGCAUGGUUCCAUCAUUUUGCAGUGAUGAUGAUGUGGCAUGCAGACUAGAAGUGAUGCCCCAUGGACAAUGCCUAGAAUACAACUAUGACUAUGACAAUGGAUUUGCCAUUGGUCCAGGUGGCUGGGGCCGAAACUGGGGUGCUCAGGGCAGACUGGACUAUGCCUACCCCGAGCUACAGAAUGACCAGCCAGACACAAACAAGCCCUUCACUGUCUCUCCUAAAAUGGCCCCUCUGAGGAGGAAGAGGCAUCGCCAGAAGGCUGCCCCAGCAACGGACCAGAAAAUACACAUUGUUUUCAAUAUAACUGCAAGCAUACCUUUGCCAGCCGAACAAAAUAACUCCCUAGAAGCAGAGAAUCAGAAUAAGCUACUCCUAGCACUGGAAAACAUCACCAACAGACUGAAAAGGACCUUAAAUAAAGAACCAUUGUAUACCUUCCAAGUGGCAUCAGAAAUGAUUGUGGCUGACACCAAAUCUCUGGAGAGUGAGAAAGCAGCUCUUUUCUGUAGACCUGGCUCAGUGUUGAAGGGUCGAAUGUGUGUGAACUGCCCUGUAGGAACGUACUUCUCAUUGGAGCAUAAAGCUUGUGAGAGCUGCUGGAUUGGGUCCUAUCAGGAUGAAGAAGGGCAGCUGGAAUGUAAGAACUGUCCAGCCGGAUCCUCUACAGUUUACAUGCAUUCAAGAAGUGCUGCCGAAUGCAAAGCACAAUGUAAGCCAGGAACAUAUUCACCCAAUGGUCUUGAAACCUGUGAGUCAUGUCCAUUAGGAAAAUACCAGCCUGUGUUUGGAUCUAAAUUCUGUGUGGCCUGCCCUGAAGUCAUGUCUACUGUGAACAGGGGUGCUGUUGGUGUGUCUGAAUGUGGGGUGCUAUGCCCAGCCGGGCAGUUUUCCCGGUCUGGGUUAAUGCCCUGCUAUCCGUGUCCUAGAGACUAUUACCAGCCUGAUUCGGGCAGGUCCUACUGCCUCUCCUGUCCUUUUUAUGGUACAACCACCAUCACUGGAGCUACUGCCAUUCAGGACUGUUCAAGUUUUGGUUCCAGCUACUCCCCCAAGGAAGAAAGUGUACUAGUUCCAGUUUCCCCAGAAAACAUCAGCAAAUCAUACCAAGCAAGCAGCCAGGUGUUUCAUGAAUGUUUCCUGAAUCCAUGCCAAAACAGAGGAACUUGUGAAGAAGUGGGAACUGGAUAUGUUUGUUUGUGCCCAUCUGGGUUUACAGGGCCCAGAUGUGAAAGUGACAUUGAUGAAUGUGGAUCAGCUCCUUGUCAAAAUGGUGCUGCCUGCAAAGAUGGAGUGGGGGAGUUUGUCUGCCAGUGUCAACCUGGUUAUGUGGGAAUGCUAUGUGAAUUAGAGGUAAAUGAGUGUAGCUCCUCCCCAUGCUUCAAUGAUGGGACAUGUGUUGAUGGCAUCAACGCAUACUCCUGCAGCUGCACUGAUGGAUUUACAGGUGUUCACUGUGAGCUGGAAAUCGAUGAGUGCCAGCCAGGCCCAUGUGUGAACAACGGUGUCUGUGAAGACCUGAUAGGGAGCUUUAAAUGCAUGUGUCCUUCUGGUUUUGCUGGAGCUAGAUGUGAGAUAAAUAUCAAUGAGUGUGACAGUGAACCCUGCUUAAACGGGGGUACGUGCUCAGAUGAUAUCAACAGCUUCAGGUGUCAGUGCCCUCCUGGCUACACAGGGCUGGUCUGUGAGACAGAUGUAAAUGAAUGUGAAGCCAGUCCGUGCCUGAACCAAGCCACCUGUGUUGAUGGCCUGGACUCAUAUGCUUGCAAAUGCCCUCCUGGGUUUAAUGGAACUAGAUGUGAAGCAGAGAUGUCCUCUAGUUUUAACCUGGACUUCGAAGUCUCUGGUAUCUAUGGCUAUGUUAUUCUGGAAAACAAAAUUCCUUCCAUGUCUGUGAUAACCUGCACAUUCUGGAUGAAAUCGUCUGACACGACCAACUAUGGCACCCCAAUUUCUUAUGCCGUGGAAAGAGGAAGCGACAAUGCCUUUUUACUGAUUGACUACAAUGGUUGGGUGUUGUAUGUCAAUGGAAAGGAGAGGAUUACUGACUGCCCCGCAGUGAACGAUGGGGAAUGGCAUCACGUUGGUGUCUCCUGGAACAGUAUAGAUGGGGACUGGAAGGUCUACAUUGAUGGGGAGCUCUCAGAUGGAGGGAAGGGCUUAUCAAUGGGCACCACUAUUCCAGGUGGUGGCACCCUGGUUCUUGGACAAGACCAGGAUCAGAAGGGUGAAGGAUUCAACCCUGUGGAAUCUUUUGUGGGCUCCAUAAGCCAAUUGAACAUCUGGAAUUCUAGUCUGUCACCAGAGCAGAUCAAGGCCCUGGCUAGCAGCUGCCCAAAGGAGCUACGAAGAGGGAACGUGUUGGCAUGGCCAGAUUUCCUCACAGGGAUUGUUGGAAGAGUUAAGAUGAAUCCUCAGAGUAGUUUUUGUGCAGACUGUCCCAUGCUAGAAAACUUGGUUCCUCACCUGCGAUCAUCAAGUACAGAUGUGAACCCUGGAUCUCGUGUGGAGCUCUUCUGUGAUAAUGGUUACUAUCUGGUGGGAGAUCGUGAGCAGCAUUGUAACAAUCAAGGGAAAUGGAGGGAUCCUCUUCCACAGUGUGAAAGAAUUAGCUGCGGCCCUCCCCCUCUCUUGGAAAAUGGAUUUUACUUAGCUGAAGACUUCUACGCUGGCAGCACUGUUACUUACCAAUGCAACAAUGGUUUUUAUCUGCUGGGGGACUCCAAAGUAUUCUGUAUUGACAGUGGCAACUGGAAUGGCAAUUCACCAUCUUGUCUUGAUGUAGAUGAGUGUGCUCUGGGAUCAGACUGUGAUGAGCAUUCUAACUGCUACAACACUGAUGGGUCUUACACAUGUACAUGCAUCCCACCCUACUAUGGAGAUGGUAAAAACUGUACAGAGCCCAUUAAGUGUAAGGACCCAGGCCCUCCAGAGUUUGGUCAUGCAAAUGGCAGUAUCUACAUGGUUGGUAGUGAAGUGAUUUUCUCUUGUGAAGAGGGAUAUCAGCUGAUCGGUACAGCCCAAAUCACAUGCUCAGAGACAGGGACAUGGAGUGACCUUAUACCUUACUGCCAAGCGGUAUCAUGUGACUCACCAACUGUUCCAGAUAAUGCUGUCAUGAAAGGAUCCAACUUUACUUAUGGCAAGAAGGUGGUUUUCAGCUGUAAAGCAGGAUUUAUACUGACGGAGCAGCCAGAAAUCUAUUGCCUUGCUAAUAGUAGUUGGAAUAAAGAACCUCCAAAAUGUGAGUCUGUAAUGUGCAGCAAUCCACAGAACAUUGAGAAUGGAAACUACCAACUCAGUGGACAAGCAUAUCUCUCCACUGUGUCUUAUGAGUGCAAUGAAGGAUACAGAUUGCAGGGUUCUUCAACAUUAACCUGUGAAGCAUCUGGUGAAUGGAAUGAUUCCGCCCCAGUGUGCACGAUGGUAUUCUGUGGGCCACCUCCAGCUGCGAGAGACGCAGACAUCAUUGGGGACAACUUCACUUUGGGGAAUACGAUUUACUAUACCUGCAAAGAAGGGUACACCCUGAUUGGCCCAGAAAGUAACGAGUGUUUACCCAGCGGCAAUUGGAGCCAUGACUCUUCGCAGUGUGUCCCACGUUCAUGUGAUAACCCCCCACAUGUAGACAAUGCUUUCCCAGAGACUGGGCAUCGACUGUACAAGGAUGUUGCCAUCUACUUCUGUGUUGAUGGCUACAGUCUGGCAGACAGCUCUCAGCUUGUCUGCAAUGCCCAGGGUCAGUGGUCUCCCCCUGAAGGAAAAGAGAUGCCUCGUUGUAUUGCAGACUUUUGUGAAAAGCCGUCUGACUUGUCCCACGCCAUCUUGGAAUCCACUGACAAAGCCAAGUAUGCCACUGAUUCAGUGGUCAGUUAUAAGUGUAAGGAGGGCUUUGUGCUCAACACAACAGCUACUUUGAGGUGCCUUAGAGGAGGCCAGUGGACUCCUUCUCCAUUUGCCAUUCAGUGCAUUCCUGUGCGCUGUGCAAAACCUUCCAGCAUUGACAAAGGCUAUGUGAGCGGAACCAACUACAGCUUUGGGGCAGUGGUUGCUUACAGUUGCAUCAGGGGGUUUUAUAUAAAAGGAGACAAGAAGAGGACCUGUGAAGCUAAUGGCGAAUGGGGUGGAAAUCUGCCUACUUGCCAACCAAUACCAUGCGGGGAGCCCCCUCAGAUAAAAAAUGGGCACAUUGUGAGCAAAGGCACUUUAGUAUAUGGAAGUCAAGUGACCUAUAGCUGUGAUCCUGGCUACACGUUGGUAGGUAGCUCAGUCCGGGUAUGCCGAGCCAAUCGCCAGUGGUCCAGUGAGUCUCCUGCUUCAUGCGUUCUCCUAACCUGUGAAACACCUCAGUCUAUUGAACAUGGUCAUUACAAAGGAGGUACAUUUGAAGUGGGGAGUAAGAUAGAAUAUUUUUGCAAUGAAGGCUACGAGCUCCGAGGAGAUGCCAUUUGGACCUGUCUUAAAUAUGGAAAGUGGAGCAAAACAAAAGUUCCUGUUUGUACUCCAGUACAGUGCCCGGAACCUCCUUUAGAAGAAAAUCACUUAGUCCUCAAAGGGCUAGACUCCGAAUCUGGAACUGUCAAGCUCUCUUGUGAGGAAGGAUAUGUUUUGCAUGGCUCCCCAGUUAUGAGGUGUAUGCCCUCACAAGAGUGGAAUGACUCCUUCCCUGUCUGUAAGCUUGUGUCUUGUGGUAGGCCUCCAGAUGUGCCAUUUGGAGAACCAUCAUCCUCACAUCAGUAUUUUGGUAGCACUGUCAAAUAUUCUUGUAUGAAUGGCUUUACAUUAAAGAGAGAGUUACCAGUUAUCUGCCAGGCUGAUGGAUUAUGGAGCACACCUUUACCAGAAUGUAUUCCAGUUGAGUGCCCACAGCCUGAAGAGAUUCAGAAUUGUAUUGUAGAUGUUCAGGGUCUAACAUACCUCAGCACAGCUCUCUACACUUGUAAACCUGGAUAUGAGCUACUUGGAAACAACACUAUUCUUUGUGGAGAAGAUGGUAAUUGGGUAGGAGGUAUACCAAACUGCAAGCCCAUUGAAUGCCCAAAACCUGUAGAAAUAGACAAUGGAAAGGUGUUUUAUUCAAAACUUCAAUAUAGCCAUGGACUGACCUAUACAUGCAACAGAGGCUUCCAGCUAGAAGGACAAGGGCAGCUCACUUGUUUGGAGACAGGCCAGUGGGAUGCACAGGCACCAGUUUGCAAAAAUAUUUACUGUGGGGCACCCCAACCUAUAGAAAAUGGUUUUGUGGAAGGGGUUGAUCACAGCUAUGGUUCCACCAUCAUCUACAGUUGCUUUCCUGCUUUUCAGCUUACUGGCCAUGCCUUGCGAACAUGUGAAGAGUCAGGUUGGUCCAGCUCUACACCACUGUGUCUACCUACAGACUGUGGUCUGCCUCCACACAUUGACUUUGGAGAAUAUGUGAAAGUUCUCGACCCAAACAGUGCACUGGAGAAGGAAACAGUGUAUGAUCUGAGCCACUCUCAUGGUAAUCAGCACCAACCCACAGUAACUUCCAAAUUGGAUGUAAUGGAUCCUUUGGAGAUGGACUUCCUACAUGGCACUGUGAUUAUGUACAGCUGCAGCGCUGGGUAUGAACUUAGUGGUCCCUCAAUGCUUGUUUGCCAGGAUAAUGGUUUGUGGAAUGGAAGUGCACCAGUCUGUCUCCCUGUGGAAUGUGAACCUCCAAUUGCCCCAGACCAUGGGUUUGUCAGUCUGACAGACAAUAUGCUCGGGAGUCUAGUGCAGUAUGGCUGUGACCCAGGCUAUGAACUUGAGGGACAGACUAUCAGACAAUGCAUUUCUGGUAAACAGUGGAAUGGUGCAGUCCCUAUUUGUAGAAUAGCGUCAUGUGGCACACCUGAAGAAAUUGCCAAUGGCUUCAUCAUUGGCAACACAUUUAGUUUUAUGAGUGUGAUAUAUUAUGAGUGUGAUGCUGGGUACUAUCUCCAGGGACUGAAUACAAGCACUUGCCAAGCAAAUAACAAAUGGAGUGGAGCUAGACCAUUGUGCAUACCCAUUUCAUGUGGUCCACCAUUUAUUCCUGAAGACGGCACCAUGACUGGAACCAAAUAUACUUAUCAACAACAAGUGGAAUAUAGCUGUAAUACUGGAUUCAUCCUUGAAGGUGAUAGUGUCAGCUUGUGUCUUGCUAAUGGCAGCUGGAGUUAUGCAACACCAGUUUGCAGACCAGUAGUAUGUUCAAGACCUUCUCCCAUUCUUAACGGUGAAACUGUUGGAUCUGAAUUGGGUUAUAAAAGGGAAGUCAAGUAUCACUGUAAAGAAGGUUACACAUUGCAAGGGAAAUCAAAUCUGGUGUGCCAGGGUAAUGGGGUCUGGGAUGCUGAGGUUCCUCGCUGUGUGCCUGUCAGUUGUGAUCCCCCUGAAGAUAUAAGCCAUGGGUAUGUUAAUGGUUCUAGCUUCAGCUAUGGUGACCUGGUUCAGUAUAUAUGCUUCCCUGGGUAUGAACUAAUUGGGAGUGCUAUUCUGAAGUGUUCAACCAAUGGUUCCUGGACUGGACAAUUGCCAUUAUGUCAGCCUUGUGUGUGUCAGCCACCCGUUAUUGAAAAUGGAGUUGUCCUUGGAAAAGAUUACAACUGUGGAAAUCAGGUACAAUUCCAGUGCCAAGAAGGAUUUAGGAUACUGGGACCUUCUGAAGCUACCUGUGAAAGUGGGGGCUUCUGGAAUCCUGGUUUUCCAUAUUGUGGAGAGAUUAAAUGUGCAUCCCCACCUUCAGUCCCCAACGCAUUUAUUAAUGGAAGCAGCUCUUUGUACCAAAAUGCUAUAACAUACAGAUGCAUGUCUGGAUACGUGAUGACCAGCAAUUCCCAUGUGAUCUGUACAGAGGAUGGCAUUUGGAGUAAACCAUAUCCAGUAUGUGAACCAGUGUCUUGUGGAUCACCUCCUUCUGUUUCCAAUGCCAAAAUUAUAGGUGAUGCAUAUACAUUUGGGAAUAAAGUUCAGUACAGAUGUCUAAAAGGAUAUGAGCUUGAAACAGAGGCAGACACCCAGAGCUGUUUGCAAGAUGGAGCCUGGUCCACACAUGAUAUCAGAUGCAAACCACAGUCGUGUCCAUUGCCAUUGAAUCUGAUGAAAAAUCUGAUCAUCACAGGGACAGAGUUCACGCUAAAUAGUAGCAUCACCCUCUCUUGUGUGGCAGGUUAUCAGCUGCUUGGAGAUUAUAUUUCUGUGUGCCAGCCCAAUGGCACCUGGACCCCUUUGUUUUCUUCUGAUUCUUGUGUCCCUGUGUCCUGUGAGAAACCUAGUCCACCACAGAAUGGCAUUGUGAUUGGAACCAGAUACCAUUUUAUGGACAACGUGCUCUACAUGUGCCAUGCAGGUUAUGAAAUACAGGGUGAUGCUGAACGAAUCUGCCUAGUAAACAAAGUGUGGAGUGGAAAGCAACCUGUUUGUGCAAAAGUAUCUUGUGGGAAGCCUGUAGCAGUAGAGCAUGGCUCAGUUCAGGGGAAUGACUACACGCUUGGGGGUGAGGCUGUGUAUAGCUGCAACCCCGGAUUCGAGCUCCAGGGACACAGCAAAAGCACUUGCAAGGCUAAUAAACAGUGGAGUCCAGCAGCCCCACUGUGUGUGCAGAUAUCUUGUGGGACUCCUCCCUCUGUUGAGAAUGCAGUGGCCUUGGCAACUGGAGACACCUACAGAAACAAUAUUAGCUUUGUGUGCAGUUCUGGUUUCCAUCUAUCUGGCCCUCAGAACAUUACCUGUCAGGCUAAUGGUUCAUGGAGCACACCAACUCCAGUGUGCGAAGGGGUCACAUGCAAAAGCCCAGGCUUGCUGGUGAACGGGCUGGCUGAAUAUAACAACCUGACUGCAGGCAGUAGAGUGGAGUUUCAGUGUGAUGAGGGCUAUGAACUCCUAGGAGAGCCUAUAGCAGUGUGCACAGGUAACGGGACCUGGAGUUCUCCAACCCCAACUUGUAAAGCAAAACCCUGCCCAGCACCUUCAGGCCUCUCUGAAAAAGCUACCCUUUCAGAGGAUGUCUUCUUUGUUGGCCAAACAGUGUCUGUCAGCUGCCCAAUGGGAUACCGGCCCCAUGGAACUGCCACAAUUGUCUGCAAGACUGAUCAGACCUGGACAUCAGCUGACGUCAAAUGUGAAAGAAUUUCCUGUGGUACGCCCAUAUAUGUUCCCAGCGCUUUAGCGAGGGGUGCAGUUUUUCAAUAUGGAGACAUGGUGACAUACUCCUGUUAUGGUGGCUACAUGCUGGAGGGAUCCAGUAGAAGUGUUUGCCUUGAAAAUGGGACAUGGACCCCACCACCCGCAUGCAAAGCUGUCUGCAGGUUCCCCUGCCAAAAUGGUGGAACAUGUGAAAGGCCUAACACAUGCUUAUGUAUAGAAGGAUGGAUGGGCCAACUCUGUGAAGAACCAAUGUGUAUACUUCCGUGUUUGAACGGAGGCGUAUGUAUUGCACCAUAUGAAUGUGAAUGCCCAGCCGGUUGGACAGGCACACGCUGCCAUGCAGCUGUAUGCCAGUCUCCUUGUUUAAAUGGUGGUAAAUGCAUAAGACCAAAUCGAUGCCACUGUCUCCCAGGGUGGAGUGGUCACGACUGUUCCAGGAAAAGAAAAACAGGAUUGUAUCAUUUUUAAAAACCAUAACCAACCCUUUCUUCUGAAUCAUUUUCUACGAUUGCUGCCAUACACUCAGAACAUGAUCACAGUACAUGAUCAUUUUAAACCACAAAAUGUCUGUUUAAUAUUUUUUUUUAUAUUUUCUAUUGUAAAAUAAAGCUGUAUGUUUUUCUGAUAUACAGUAUGGAGUAUAUGGUGCUGUACUUAUGUUACCACUUUUAUUGUUUUUGUUAAAAACAUGUUAUGUAUUAUAUGUGUGUAAACAAUUGUCACAUGUUUAAUAAUGGGGCUUUUAAAGUCAAAUAAAUAAGCACUAUUCUCAAUUAAGUUAA